AUGGAUUCUUCUUUUUUCCUUACCACUGUUGCUGCUGCAAUAGGAUGCUUUACCCUUUUGAGAAAACUCAGAUUCCAUCGAAAAGAUAACAAAGAAAAGGAUUCUUCUUUUUCUUCAUCUCCUUCUCCUUCUUCUUCUUUGUCCCCUUCAUCAGUUCCUCCACCUUCUUCUUCUCGCAUCUGGACACACCAUGUCUUUCCCAGCUUCCGCGGGGAAGAUGUCCGCAGAGAUUUUCUCAGUCACAUUCAGAUGGAGUUUCAAAGAAACGGAAUCACUCCUUUCAUUGAUAAUGAGAUCAAAAGAGGAGAAUCCAUCGGUCCUGAGCUCAUAAGGGCGAUUAGAGGGUCUAAGAUCGCAAUCAUCUUGCUCUCAAGGAACUACGCUUCUUCAAAAUGGUGUCUUGACGAACUGGUGGAGAUUAUGAAGUGCAGAGAAGAGCUGGGUCAAACUGUGAUGGCCAUUUUCUACAAAGUGGAUCCAUCUGAUGUUAAAAAGCUGACAGGAGAUUUUGGUAGAGUCUUUAGAAAAACUUGUUCUGGUAAAAAAAAGGAGGACACUGAGAGAUGGAGACAAGCUUUGGCAAAAGUGGCAACAAUCGCUGGUUAUCAUUCAAACAACUGGGAUAAUGAAGUGGCCAUGAUCAAGAAAAUCGCCACUGAUAUUUCGAACAUGUUGAAUAACUCCAUAUCAUCAAGUGAUUUCGACGGGUUAGUUGGGAUGAGAGCUCAUUUGGAAAAGAUGGAACCAUUGUUAUGCCUAGAAUCAGAUGAGGUGAGGAUGAUUGGGAUUUGGGGUCCUCCUGGGAUUGGGAAGACCACGAUCGCUAGAGUCGUAUACCACCAACUCUCCAACAGCUUUCAACUGAGUGUCUUCAUGGAAAACAUCAAAGCAAACUAUACAAGACCUUGUUCUGAUGACUACAGCACGAAGUUGCAAUUACAACAGCAGUUUAUGUCUCGAAUAACCAACCAUAAGGAUAUGGAGGUUUCUCAUUUGGGAGUUGUCCCAAAUAGGUUGAAAGACAAGAAAGUUCUUGUCGUUCUUGAUGGCGUGGACCAACUAGUACAACUAGAUGCGAUGGCGAAAGAGACUUGGUGGUUUGGUCCUGGGAGUCGAAUUAUCAUUACAGCACAAGAUCAAAGUCUUUUUAGAGCACAUGGCAUUAGCCAUAUAUACAAGGUGGAUUUCCCAGAAACUGAUGAGGCUCUCCAAAUCUUUUGUAUGUAUGCUUUUGGUCAAAAAUCCCCUAAAGAUGGUUUUGAGGAGCUAGCUUGGGAAGUCACAAAACUUGUUGGUAAACUCCCUUUAGGGCUAAGGGUUAUGGGCUCCUACUUUCGGGGAAUGUCCAAGCAAGAGUGGAAAAGUUCAAUACCGAAGUUAAAGAGUAGCCUAAGCCCUGAUAUUCAAAGCAUUUUGAAGUUCAGCUAUGACGCUUUAGAUGAGGAAGAUAAAGAUUUAUUUCUUCAUAUAGCAUGUUUUUUCAAUCAUGCAGAGAUUGAGAGAAUGGAAGCGUAUCUUGGGAAGAAGUUCUUGGAAGUGAGGCAAAGGCUUAACGUCUUAGCUGAGAAAUCUCUCAUAUCUAUCGAGUGGCGGAAGAAUUGGAGGCGUUCUGGGCACUCGUAUUGGAUAGAUAUGCAUAGUUUGCUAGGACAACUUGGUAAGGAUAUUGUUCGUAAACAAUCUAUUGACGAGCCUGGACAGCGCCGGUUUUUGGUCGAUAAAAGAGAUAUUUCUGAAGUACUGACUGAUGAUGCAGCAGGUGGUAAAAGUGUCAUCGGCAUAAAUUGCUACUGCAACAGCGGAGAUAUCGAUAUAGAUAUAAGCGAGAGAGCCUUUGAAAGAAUGACUAAUCUCCAGUUUUUAAGAUUAGACAUUCACACAUUCUGGGGUUCUAGCGCUCGUGGUCCUGGUCGCAACAAAUUGCAUCUACCGCGAGGUCUGAAAUAUAUAUCUCGUAAACUUCGAUUCCUAGAGUGGAGAUAUUUCCCGAUGAAAUGUUUGCCUUCUGUUGUGAACGUGGAGUUCCUUGUCGAACUAAUUCUGGCAGACAGCCAGCUUGAGAAGUUGUGGGAAGGAGUUAAAUCGCUUCGAAAUCUCAAGUGGAUGGAUUUGAGUAAUUCUGUAUACUUGAAGGAGCUUCCUGAUCUCUCAACUGUCACUAACCUCAAGACACUGUAUCUGAAUGGCUGCUAUAGCCUGGUGAAGCUCCCUUCCACCAAUGGGUAUACCUACAAUCUGCAGGAUUUGAUUCUUACAAAUUGCUCGAGUCUGACCAAACUCCCCUCCUCUAUUGGGCAUGCCACCAAUCUCCAACGAUUAAAUCUCCGUAGAUGCUCAAGUCUGUUGGAGCUGCCCGCCUCUAUUGGAAAUGCCACUAAUCUAAAGGACUUGAUCCUUAAUUAUUGCUCAAGUCUGGUGGAGCUGCCCGCCUCAAUUGGGAAUGCCACUAAUCUAACUGUCUUGAACCUUGAACGUUGCUCAAGUCUGUUGGAGCUGCCCGCCUCAAUUGGGAAUGCCACUAAUCUAACCGACUUGAACCUUGAACAUUGCUCAAGUCUGGUGGAACUACCUUCUUCUAUUGGAAAUGCCACUAAUCUAACCGACUUGAACCUUAGAUAUUGCUCAAGUCUGGUGGAACUACCUUCUUCUAUUGGAAACCUUCACAAGUUGGAGAAACUGAGAUUAAAAGGAUGCUGUAAGCUAGAGGUUCUGCCCACCAACAUCAACUUGGAAUCUUUGGAGGUACUUGAUCUCACGGAUUGCUCGAUGUUGAAAAGUUUUCCUGAGAUUUCCACAAACGUUAAACGUCUCAGGCUCAGUGGAACAGCAAUUGAACAAGUGCCUCCCUCGAUCAGGUCGUGGCCUCGUCUUGCUGACUUCUCUAUGUCGUACUUUGAAAACCUCAAGGAAUUGCCUCAUGCUCUUGAAAGAAUCACACGGCUGGACUUGAGCAAUACAGAAAUACAAGAAUUAUCACUCCCACAGUUUACAGAUUCCUUCUCAACGCUUGAUGCAGAAAAUUGCGAGUCCCUGGAGAGACUGGAUUUCUCCUUUCUCAAUCCAAGGAUUCGUCUCAACUUCGGCAACUGCUUCAAACUGAAUCAAGAAGCAAGAGACCUCAUCAUCCAGAGUAGAGGAGAAGCGGUCUUACCAGGUAGACAAGUGCCUCCGUACUUCACUCACCGGACCACUAGCGGGAAUUCGUUAACAAUUAAGUUGAAAGAGAGGCCUCUUCCUAAAUCCAUGAGAUUUAAGGCUUGCAUCUUGCUGGUUUAUAAAGGUGACGAUAAUGAAUAUUCUCCUGAUGAUUACUUCCAUUUAACGUAUAGAGAAGGGACAAAGCCUAUAAAACCGGUUUUAACAGAGCAUCUGUACACAUUCGAAUUUGAAGCGAAGGUGACUUCGAGCGAGCUCGUCUUUGAGUUCCAAAUGGAAAGAAUUGAUGUUCCUUCAGAUAAUAACGGUUGGAAGGUUGAAGCAUGUGGGCUACUCCAACUCUUGGAGGUCCCUUGAUGUUGUUGAUGAGCACGAUGACAGCUUGAGCAGUGGCCAUGUUGGAUGCAAAAUUAACAAUAAUUUAUCUCCGUUUAUCUUUUUGCUCUGCCUUUUUGAAUCACACUGUACAAUAUGUUCCUCUG